UCCAUCCAUUUUCAAAACCUUCUCGAUCAUCCUCCUGCUGUCAUUUUAUUCCACCAUCUUCGAGUGACAAUCUUCCCUUUUGCAAAUCCCAACAGUUGUGAAAUUUGGGUAAUGUUUUUCUCAUCCUCGCUUCCAUUUUUUACCUGCAUUUGGCAAUUGCAUCGGCAUCUCACACAUGAUGGGGCUAAAGGAUUAACCCCCUAUUCCUACAAAGAGAGGGGAAAAGUCUGUGCGAAUCACUCACAACAACGCAUUCAAUUCCUUUGUAACUUUCUCCACCUGUCUUCCUUUUGUCCAGUCGAUCGCGGUGAUAUUACGCUUCUUCUCAAUCUUAUCCUAGUACCCUCUUCAAUUUGCUUUUAAUCUGUUUGUUCCUUUUUAACCACCAAGUUCGAUUUGAUGUUCCCGCUCCUUGACACCCAUUAGUUCAAAGUAUCGGACCACAUGUCCUUUCAUUCAGACGCCCCACCAUUUAUGUUCACAAAAAAAGAACACCCAUUUACGAAAAGGUGAAUAGCCCACUUGAAAAUAUCCAAAAAUUAGUGCUUUGCCAUUCGUUUGAUUUUCAGAAACCAGGCAGGAGCUACAGAAAAUCUACAGCGAUAACUAUCGUUACUGAGAAUAGUUCUUGUUCUUUCUUCCAUAAGCAAACAGAAAAGAAGUUUUAAAUGGCUCAAGAUACGUCUCCUAGCAUUGAAUCACCUCGGAAGCGUUCUGGCCUUUUGCGAGAUCAAGUUCAGUUAGUUAAGAAGAAGGACUCAAAUCGAUAUGAGAUCCUUCCGAUUCAGGAUCCUCUUUCAUUUGAGAAAGGUUUUUUCAUUGUAAUACGUGCGUGCCAGUUGUUGUCUCAAAAGAACGAUGGGAUAAUUCUAGUAGGAGUGGCAGGGCCCUCUGGAGCUGGGAAGACUGUAUUUACUGAGAAGGUGCUUAACUUUAUUCCCAGCAUUGCUGUUAUCACGAUGGAUAACUACAAUGAUUCCAGUCGUAUCAUCGAUGGCAAUUUUGAUGACCCACGUCUAACGGAUUAUGAUACAUUGCUGGAAAAUAUUAAUGGUUUAAGAGAAGGAAAAUCUGUCCAAGUUCCUAUUUAUGACUUCAAGACAAGUAGUCGCGUGGGCUACAGGAUUCUUGAAGUUCCCGAGUCACGGAUUGUCAUUAUUGAGGGCAUCUAUGCUUUAAGUGAAAAAUUACGUCCGUUGUUAGAUCUUCGUGUAUCGGUCACUGGUGGUGUUCAUUUUGACUUAGUGAAAAGGGUAUUACGAGAUAUUCAACGAGCUGGCCAAGAGCCAGAAGAAAUAAUACAUCAAGUUUCUGAAACGGUUUAUCCAAUGUAUAAAGCUUUUAUUGAGCCAGAUCUUCAGACCGCCCAUAUAAGAAUUAUUAACAAAUUCAAUCCCUUUACUGGUUUCCAGAAUCCUACUUACAUUCUUAAGUCAACGAAAGCAGUAGCUGUGGAUCAAAUUAAGGCUGUUAUAUCUGAAAAUCACAAGGAGUCUACUGAGGAAACUUAUGACAUUUAUCUUCUACCUCCUGGUGAAGAUCCUGAAGUGUGUCAAUCCUAUCUGAGGAUGAGGAAUAGGGAUGGAAAAUACAAUCUCAUGUUUGAGGAGUGGGUUACAGAUAUUCCAUUCAUAAUUUCACCUAGAAUAACUUUCGAAGUUAGUGUGCGCCUUCUUGGAGGGCUUAUGGCACUUGGAUACACAAUUGCAACUAUACUUAAAAGAAGCAGCCACAUAUUCUCUGAUGAUAAGGUGUGUAUAAAGAUCGAUUGGUUGGAGCAACUUAACCGAAAAUACAUUCAGGUGCAAGGAAAAGAUCGGGUGCAUGUUAAAUGCGUUGCUGAGCAGUUGGGUUUGGAUGGUUCCUAUAUCCCUCGAACUUAUAUUGAACAGAUACAGUUAGAGAAGCUUGUUAAUGAUGUUAUGGCCUUGCCAGAUGAUUUAAAAACCAAACUCAGCAUAGACGAUGAGUCACUUUCAAGUCCAAAGGAGGCACUUUCCCGAGCUUCUGCAGAUAGGAGAAAUAAGUACCUUAACCGUGGCUUAUCACAAUCAUUUUCAAAUCGGAGGGACAAGACCUUGUCAAAGCUUACAAAGCUUGCUGUUAAUAAUAGGAGAUUUGAUGUGAGGGCUCCAGAUUCCCCUGCAGUAGUCUCUAACCAGGGAGCUAUUACUCAACUUUCAGAACAAAUUUCUACCCUCAGUGAGAGAAUGGAUGAAUUCACAACUCGAAUUGAAGAGCUGAACUCCAAGAUAUGUACCAGAAAAGUUUCUGCUAGUCAGCAAAACUUGGUUUCACAAUCCGAUGCGUGUAACAACGGCUCUGGGGCAACUUCAAUUUUCAUAUCCGGCUUGAGCAAUGGUGCCUUAACCGGAUCGCUACUCCCUCAUUCUUCAUCGUCCUCCCAAUUAGCCAAGGAGUCUCCCUUGCUAGAAGAGAUACAAAACAUACAACGAGCGCAACGUCAGAUUAUUCUCCAAGUUGACAAUUUGAGCAAUCUUCUCCGAGAGCACUCGAGUGAAAGGAGUCGUCGGGAAAAAGAUGAGGGGAGGUGGAGGAUUACUGAUCUUGGAUCCAUCAGCACCCCAGUUUUGCUAACACUUGCAAUUGGUAGUGUAGGUUUACUCUUGUUCAAGAGCAUGACUUCUCGUAAAUAAUUCGAUAUGAUUGACACAGAUUGGUUUGAAAAUGAUGACAAAUUCUGUAUAA